CAUUGCCUUGACUUAAUCAUUACAAGAGUCUCUGAUAACAUUAUCUUGGAUUCACCUAUAUCAGGCAGUUUUCUUUCUGAUCAUGCAACAGUUCUUUUGCAAAGCAAAAUCUACUACUAAGACAGUAUCUUACAGGAAAUUGAAAUCAAUUGAUCUGGAAGCUCUGAAAGAUUAUCUACGUGCUUCUAAACUCAUUGUACAGACACCUUCUCAGCUUAAUGACUUGGUUAGCUCCUACAACAAGACAUUGUCAUCUUUGCUUGACAAGCAUGCUCCUCUUUUAAUCCGUUCUGUUGUCAUACGCCAUCGUGUACCAUGGCUCACUGAUGAGAUCCGUGCUAUAAAGAGGCAACGUAGACGUGCUGAACGUAAGUGGAGAAGAACAAAACUUGAUACUGACCAAGCUGCAUUUAAAGCUCUAAAGAACCGGACAACGUAUGUUAUGAACAGUGUUCGUCGUGAAUUUUACACUGAUUUCGUCAACGAUAAUUCUGAUGAUCAGAGGAAACUGUUUUCUGCUACAAAGAAAUUGCUGGGUCAACAAUAUGAGAUGCAAUUCCCGCUGCAUAGUGAYGUGUCUUGCAAAUGACAUGA